AUGUCGACUAUAUGGAAUAAUCUGAGAGGGGCUCUCAUAGUAGCCCCAUGGGUCGCAUGGUUGGGAGCAGCAGACAUUGCGCUUUCCUGUCUCCUGCCAUUUAAGCUCAUUGCGCCAAACAUAGUGUACAACCUGUCUUCUGCCAUCGCCUAUUCGGUUUGGAAAUGGAUUCAGUUUAUAUUUGAACGGAUCAACGGUGCCACGAUUACGAUAUCGGGAGACAAGCUGCCGCGCGGCGAAUCCGCCAUUGUGAUCGCCAAUCAUGUAACUUGGGCCGACUUUUACAUGAUACAGGCGCUGGCUCUUCGUGCCGACAUGCUAGGACGUUGUCGAUGGUUCGCCAAGAUUCAGCUUCGCGUCGUACCGUUUCUGGGCUGGGGUCUCUGGGCCAUGGGUAUGCCAAUGGUCAGCAGAAAGUGGAUGCGGGAUCAGAGAGAACUCGACCGCGUCUUUGACGGUAUCGUGGGCAGAAAGUGGCCGACUUGGCUUAUCAGUUUCAGUGAAGCUACACGAUAUACUCCCGAAAAGUAUGAAGAGACUCGGGCGUGGUGCAAGGAGAACGAUCGGCCUUUGCCGAAACAUUUGCUUUACCCUCGCACAAAGGGCUUCAUAACCACCGUUCGCCAUCUGCGCAAAGCACCUCACGUCAAGGCAGUGUAUGAUCUCACCAUCGCAUACCAGCAUCGCAACGAGUUUCACAAAGCCCCUGAUAUGUGGGAGACACUAAAACUACCAGCAAUCACCAAUGGCCAUGGUUACAAGUUCCAUGUGCACGCUCGGAGGUUUCCCCUCGAAGAGCUGCCUCAUACUGACGAGGAGCUCGCCAAAUGGCUAGAGCAGCGUUGGAUUGAAAAGGGGGAGUGGCUUGACCAGAAAAAGAUGGAUUGGUCUGCAAGCAAAUGA